AGAAACACACUAAUACCACAACCCCAUAGACACCAUUGGAUGCGCAGACAUCUUCAUUGACGAUAAAAGUAUUUGUGUGCAUAGGACCUACAACCUCUUCCUGAUGGUGCUCGCGCUUUUCCGACGGUCAUCAUAGCAAGUAAAGUUUUGUGCAGUACUUUUUCAGUCGAGCAGGAAAAUGGGUUUGACAUGGAUGUCUCUCAAUAUGUCGCCGGCUCUCAACAGAAUAUGCUUGCUCGUAUUCCUGCGUUUCACUAAAACUUCCCUGCCUGCUUCCAGCAAGCACGUCGUCGUUCAGGGCACUGCAAAGCAUCACUGGAUUGUGACUGUCAAAGACAUUGCAUUGGGAGCUUCGGACACGCUUAUUACUACUGACGACAGCUCCGGCAGUAUCCUCCCCUUAUCUGAUACGCGAAGGAACCACAGCGUCAGUAUUAGCUUGCUCUCUUAUUCCUUAUCUAAUAUAUUUAAGGACGGGACAUUUGAUCCUACCUCGGACCUGUCAUUUUACCAAAUGAAUGAAUUCAGUCACUGAAAACACUGCGCUUUCUACAAAAGGACAAUAGUUUACCUAAAGACAGAGUUAGGCUGCGGGAAGAAGCAUAGCUGAUAUAGC